AUGUCAGAUAACAUCUUUGGGUUUUUGUUUUCUGAUCCAUAUUUUUAUACCUCUAGCGAAGAGCAGGACACUCUACUUAAUUUCUCAUUUUCAGCAAGUCAACAUUCCUACAUUGAAUCCAAUGAAGAACAUACACAAUUCAAUACAAUACAAGAACUUAUACAAUUAUCAUAUGAACAACAAAGUAAUGAAGAAUCUAAUCGCAUUAAUGAAGAUAAUGAGUGUAAAAUUGAAAAUGGUGCCGAAUUUCCUAAUUGA